CGGCGCUCACCGAUGACGACAGCCGGCCGGAGGAGCCCGCUUCAGAGCGCCCACUUUCUUCCCGGGUGAGCGCUGCGCCCUUGGGCGCCUUUGGAGAAAGGAUGAGUGUGGAUUGGAUCGGCUAUGGGUACGCUGCCCUGGUGGCUUCAGGUGGAGUAAUCGGCUAUGCAAAAGCAGGCAGUGUUCCAUCUCUAGCAGCUGGUCUCCUGUUUGGUGGUUUAGCUGGGAUGGGUACUUACCAGCAGUCGCAAGAUCCAAAAAACAUUUGGCUUUCCCUGAUUGCAUCUGGAACCUUGACUGGUGUGAUGGGAAUGAGAUUCUACAAUUCCAGGAAAUUCAUGCCUGCAGGGCUGAUUGCUGGUGCCAGUCUGUUAAUGGUUGGGAAGCUGGGGCUGCAGAUGAUGGAAAAGCCCCUUCAACCAUAAGUGUGAAGAGGAGAGGUAGCCUAGAGAGACAUUCUGAACAGCCAACUUGAAACAAGCACCAAGGACCUGACUGUAUUUGUGUCCAUGUGAUACCAGCAUUUUUUUACUGCCUGGCCUCUGGAGGAUACUAAGUACCAGAGCAGAAUGUUGCCCAUGUGAGGUGAUUGUUCUCUUUAUUGACUGAUGUACUCUGCCUCAGAAAAGGAUGUUAGUAUGGUCAGUUGAGGUGCAUCGGUUGAGAAAAUGGUACGCUUCCGCAUUAGAUUAUAGUCCCGAACGAAUUUGAGAAUUAUUAAUUUUUACACACUGCCUUCGUAAAAACCAUUAUUUUGUGCAUUAUGGUGCUUUGAUACAAGAGCAUUUAUAAUUCACCGAACAGCCAUCAGCAAACUUUCAAACAGAUGGGAGGGAGCAGGGCUAGGUAGGCCCUAGAUCUAGGUGGAGCAUUCUGCAACAAAGAAGGUCUGGUAUUGAGUUCUGGGGCAGAGGAAUAUACAAUCUACUAACAUCUUUCUGUGAGACAGAGUCAAACGCAAUGAUACAGCUAUGACUUUGACUUCUCAAAAGCUUUCACGUGACAAAUUUCUUGCCACUGCUUUGAGUAUUUUAGGACCGAGGGUGGGGGCAGAUGGGAGCUGAUGCCUAUCAUGAAACAUGCUUAUUACCUCAUUUCUAUUCUUCCUACCCGCCCCCAUAUGCCACCCCCCCCCCCCCAUGUGUGUUCAUUCUGUCUGGAUUUUUCAUACAGCAACUUUUUACUAUUUUAUAAAUCCCUCCUGAUGAGGCGACAAUCAAGGAUCAGAGGCCUUAAAGAAGAAAGCUCUACUGAGCGGAGUGGGGCUUGUUUCUGAAUAAAUAUGCAUAGGAUUGGGCUGUAUACUGUGAAGGUAUUUGUCUCUAAAAUCAGGUGCACAUUUGCUAAAUCUCUGUGGGGAAAAGCCACGAUGUGCAAAUUGUCAUUAGAUCAACCACUUAUUUACUAAUAAAUAUAACAAUGUCAGUGA